AUGGGUGACGACAUCAACGUUGAGGUCGAGUCUGACUUCGUCAACGUCGACAGUGCAGACGCUGGUGCUGGCAGUAGUGAAGCCGAUCUAUGGGCCCGCAACUCUCCCAUCGCUGCUGACCAUGCAGCUGCUGGAUCUUUCGAGACCGCUAUGCAGCUUCUCAAUCGGCAAGUGGGCGCCGUCAACCUUGCACCUCUCAAACCCCGCUUCCUCGAAAUCUACCAAGCUUCCAAGACAUACCUGCCAGCCACUCCGGGAUUGCCUCCUCUGGUCAACUACGUGCGCCGAAAUGUAGAGGAGACUGAUCCCCGGAAGCUGCUUCCCAUCAUACCACGGGACCUAGAAUCAAUUGCCACCACUGACUUACAGGAAGGCUACAGUGCGAUGAGAUCGAACAAACUCGACGACGGUUUGAAGACCUUUAAGCGAAUUUUACAUUCUCUACUAGUCAACGCUGUAAGCUCUCAGCAGGACGUUGCUGAGGCCAAGAAGAUUAUCACGACGGCGGCCGAGUACGCUACAGCGAUGGCGUUGGAGCUGGAGCGAAGGGCCCUGCCUUCCGAGGGCGAAGACAACAUCAAGCGGAGUCUUGAGCUCUCAGCGUAUUUUACGAUACCCAAGCUUGAAGUUGCCCAUCGCCAGCUUGCGCUCAUGGCUGCCAUGAAACUGGCUUUCACUAACAAGAAUUACUCAUCAGCCCUCAGCUUUGCUAACCGCAUGCUUGCGAAUGGGGGUUCGGCCAAGCUGUUGGAUCAGGCAAAGAAGAUCAAGUCCCAGUGCGAGCGAAGUCCGCAGGACAAGAUUGACAUUGAGUUUGAUCAAUUCGCUGAAUUCGACGUCUGCGCUUCUUCUCACACGCCGAUAUAUGGCGGCUCCCCAAGUGUCGCCUGUCCUUUUGACGGUGCAAAAUAUCAUUCGGAGUUCAAGGGACAGGUCUGCAGGAUCUGUGAGGUUUGCGAGAUCGGUGCUCCAGCGAGCGGAAUUAGGCUGUUCGCUGCUUAA